GUGCUUGUGUAAUGUGGGCGGAGAGCCGGAACCGGAUGUCCUGUCGUGUAGAACUUCCUAAUGUUAAGUCCAGCAGAGUUGUUCGCUGUGCGAAAUCGGAAGCAGAACCUUCCUCAGCGUUCUCACGGGCAGAAGGACUUUUUGCCAGAUGGCUCAGAAGUUCAGGGAGCAAAGUUGCAGACCUGCCGUGAGGAACAAUGGGAACUUUUAGGAGAAGAGCGAGUUGAGCGCCUAGGACGUUUGGGGAGAGGAGUAUGGAAGCCAGAGGAAGACUUGGUUGAACUGACGCUCCCUGCGGGCAAAUUUUGGCAUUCAAUGGGUUUCGCCAAAGAGGGGAGACAGUGCCUGCUGCCCGAGGAAGCUCUCUACUUGCUUGAAUGUGGCAAAAUCCAGCUGUUCUUUAGGGAUCUACAACUGUCUGUCCAGGAGGCCUAUGAGAAAUUGGUUUCAGGUGGUUCCAUCACCUUGCUGCACUAUCAGGUUUAUAGCCAUUUGAAGAGAUUGGGCUACAUUGUCACACGCUUUAACCCAAGUUCUGUACAGACGCCAUAUGUGAGACAGCUGAACUUGAAUACGCAUGAUAUUGCACGCAGUCGUAAGCGCAAAAGGAGCUCAAGUCCUUGUGAUGAGAAAAAGCCAGUGGAAGAAUCUUCGGUAACCGAAAGUUCCAGGAGUGUCAGUUUAAGACCAAAGCUUGAAACAACAAACGGUGACCAAAUCAACUUGAUUACUGCUAGUACCUGCUGCCCCAGUGAAGAGAGUGCACCAUCUUCAACUGUGCCCAUCCAUCUAAGUAGCCAACAAGCCAGUGAUGAAAUAGAGAGUCACCAUUCAGAUAAUCAUGUAAAAUCUCCAUGUAAGAGUUCCCAACCUGAUCCAGGAAUAAGCAAGGCAGGAGCAACAUUCCCAGCCAGCUCUCGAUGGGACUUCUUGAAAAUUCGUUUUCCAAAUUGUGCACCUAAUCAACCCUGCGUUGAGUUUCAAGAUCCAGAGCCGAAUCUAAUACCAGAGAACAUAUCGGGGCGUCCUGUGGACAUAUCGCGCUGGUUAGGAAAGCUGAACUUGCGCAGAGAGAAGGCAUCUCGAAGAGAGCAAGAGCAAUGGGACUGGGAGCGCAAGUACAAGAUUAGUAUCAAUGCAGACCCCCAAGUAAAGAAUUGCACCAACUGGAAGGAAUACAAGCAGCACCUGCUCAAGAAGGCAUGUCGGAGAGACCAAGAGAGACCUCCACAUCUUUGGAAUAGUACCGUUCAACCAAUGCUGAUACUCGGACCCAUCAAAUCCACAGCUUCUGUUUUGGAAGACAUCUCAGUGAUGAGCCAGUCUACUCUGCUGGAUGAUAGUAAGAGGAUUCAAAAGCUUCCAAACCUACCACAGAUUCACUUCAACCUGUAUCAGGCUGAUGGAACCUCGACAUUCAAGAAGUCCAAACCAGGGAAGCCCUAUGCACAUUUGUGUGUACGAAGCUUUGAUGAGCAAAUUCCCACCCUGCUCACGCUGAAGACCCUGGCCUAUCAAAGCGGAGAUGUUCCCUUGGUGUUUGCCCUCGUGGAUUAUGGAGAAGUGGCCUUUUACACUUUCAAAGACUUUCAGCUGCCUGUAGAUGUAUAUCCUUGAAUUUGAUACAUUUCACUGGCACUUUUGCAGAAUUAAUCAAAAUGCUGUUUCAGCAAAAUGAAUUAUUUCAAAUAUGU